GGAAGCUUUAAAUCUGAUGUAUGGAGGCCAAAAUGAUCAAGUUUUGUGUCUGGUUGAGUGUUCUGUAAAUGUCAGUUACAUCCAUGAUGAUACAUGGCUUCCAAAGUUCCCUGAGGUUCAUCUCCAUCCCAGUCAAGCCUAAAGGGAGAAAGAACAUGGAGAAAGGUUUUUCUAACCACUUAACCUAUUUUCUGGCUGCUGGUGCUGUUAUUUUGGGAAUUGGUUUCUUUGCUUUGGCAUCAGCUUUGUGGUUCCUGAUUUGCAAACGAAGAGAAAUAUUUCAAGAUUACAAGUUUAAAACAAUUGAUGAGAGAUGCAGACAAAGACCAUCAAAGGCAAAGAUUAAAUCUCAGUGUGUUUUUAUUUCUCAAAAUUUUCAUACUGGAAAUUUCCAAUUACAGGAGGAGCAAAGAAAAAAGGAAAGAGCACAUAAAAAAGCAAUUAAAGAUUAUUCUGAAGAUGAAUUCUGCCUUGCAACAAAAAUGGUCAUUUGUGACUCCUCAGAGACUAGCUCGGCAACAAAUCCCGGCAGUGUUACCUUAAGCUUAUCAACGUUACCAUCUGAUUCUUAUUACAGCCAAAGUAUAGAAGUAACUGAUGACUGGUUUUCUGAUGAUUCCCUAGAGAAAAAGAGCCCUCCAAUGCCUUUUCUCAGGGAGCCUGUAAUGGAGAAAGUAUUUUCAUACUUGUCAGCCAUUCCAUUAGAAGAAUGUACUGGAAAUGUACUAAAUAUGACACUUUAUGAUGGUCAAAAAGAUGACAACAUUAAGGGAAUAUUUACACGAAGAAAUACAGAGGUUGAAAUACAAAACCUUCAACAUAAUAUUGAAUGACUUUUUUCUUUUGA